AUGAAAUAAUAUUAUUCAAUAUUCAAUUUUAGAUAACUUGCAUUGCAUCAGUAUUCUAUUUUCUAAUUGAUAAUUAAGCAUUAAUAUUAUUAAUUGAGUUAAAUGAGAUUAAAUAAUUUACCGGAUGUUCUUUUUCCCAAUCCAAUUCAACAUCCGAAUUACAAAAUCUCAUUUUUGGAGAAGGUUAAGGAAGAUAUUCUGAAUAAUCAAUUCAUUAAUGAACCAAUGCGCAGGAGCAGAUAAAACAUGACAAUACGUUCAUUUUAGAGAGGGUCAAUCAGAAUUAUCAGUGCUUCAAUUGCAACUUCUCAAAACAACACACAGACUAAUUUUAGAUCUGGGUCUUCGAAGUUCAGGAUAAUCAAGGAACAGUCUCAGGUGGAAGAAAUGGACGAAACAUUUUCUCGAACAAGGACACCAUCUCAAUUAGGAAGAAGAUUAAAAAGAGGAUUAACAAUGUUUGAAAAAUAGUUUUGA